CUGUGUUUAAGUGUACGAGCGGACCUGCGCAGCUCUCUACUGUAGAGCUUCCUGUCAAGUUGUCGCCUUUGCUGCAGAGGUUUUUAAAACCAAAUGGGUAAAGGAUGUAAAGUUGUGGUCUGCGGGUUGGCAGCUGUGGGGAAGACGGCCAUUCUGGAGCAACUGCUGUAUGGAAAUCAUAUUGUGGGGUCAGAAUCCAGUGGAACCCUGGAGGACAUCUAUGUAGCAUCUGUGGAAACAGACAGGGGAGUGAAGGAGCAGUUGCGUCUCUAUGACACCAAGGGGCUUCAGGAUGGCCUUGAUCUUCCAAAACACUAUUUCUCCUUUGCCGAUGGAUUUGUGCUGGUCUACAGUGUCGACAGCCUGGAGUCUUUUAAGAAAAUCGACAUAUUAAAAAAAGAAAUUGACAAGUCCAGGGAUAAAAAGGAGGUCACAGUGAUUGUCCUGGGAAACAAGCUGGACCUGCAGGAGCACAGGCAGGUGGACCCAGAGGUGGCUCAGCAGUGGGCCCGGGGGGAGAGGGUGAAGCUGUGGGAGGUGAGCGUCAGGGAGCGAGCCGCUCUGAUCGAGCCCUUCACCGUGCUCACCAGUCGGCUCACUCAGCCCCAGAGCAAGUCCGCCUUCCCCUUGCCUGGCAGGAAGAGUAAGGGCACCCCUGUCCCUGACGUAUGAAGAGGACAGAGUGAUCAGGUUCAAGCACCUAGUGACACACACAAGGUGUGCAAGCCAGGGAGAAUUGGACUUUGUGUAAAUAAGAUUGAUCAGUCCCAGAUGGGUUUGUGGGAGUGAAUGUGGGAACUUCUUAUCGUUAGUAGCAAGCAACUGCUUUUUGAGAGUAAGGAGGGCUACUUUUCAAAGCCUGGAGUUUUCAGAGUAGUUUGCGAAAAAGGUCUUAUGUAAUAGAGUGCUGAAAUAAGUUUGUAAACCCCCUAGGUCCGUCUGUAAUCUUGUAUGUUUUAGACCAAAUUUAGAUCUUCACGAGUGUCUGAAUAAGAUGAAGAUAACCCUAUUAAAUUUAUAACACAAAGAUGCAAUAUAGAUGUGGAUUGUUUAAUUAAAAUGAUCUAACAGUAAAUAUCCUUGUGUGAAUAAAUACAAGAACCCUUA